AUGCCGAAGAAGAUGGGGGUCAACACUAAGGCGGAGGCCGCGAGGGCACGUAAGAGCGCGGCUGAAACGGAGCGCAAGGAGAAGGAGACUCGAGAGAAGGUGGAUCAGUACUGGCGAGAGGCCGAGGGUUCCAAGUCACGCGCUGCCAAGAAGAAGGAGGAAGAGGCCGAAAAGAAGGCCGAAGCAACCGCGCGUCGGGCUGAGGCGCGUCGAUUGGCGGAGCAGGAGGAGAAGGAGCUGGAGAAGGCGAUGAAGAAGGUGGACAAGAAGGCGACCCGGGUAUCGAUCCCGGUACCGAAGGUGACGGAGGUGGAGCUGAGGCGGCGGCGGGAGGAGGAGCAGGCAGAGGCUGAGAGGAAGGCGGAGGAGGCGAAGAAGCGGCAUAGUCGCACUGCGGCUGAGGAUGAGUACGAGAGAAUGGUGCUUGUGUCCAACACCAAUCGCGACGAUUCCAUCAUCGAAGCAAGAACUUUGGAUGAUGCCAUCGCUCAGAUGACCGUCGUCGACAAUUUGCCCCCCGAUCGCCAUCCCGAAAGGCGCCUCAAGGCCUCCUUCAAGGCAUUCGAAGAAGCUGAACUCCCUAAGCUGAAAGAAGAGAAACCGGGUCUCACUCACAAUCAGUACAAGGACUUGAUAUGGAAGCUUUGGAAGAAAUCUCCUGACAAUCCUCUUAAUCAAGUUGGUCAUCUUUUCUUUUAUCUUUUAGCGAUUAGCUUUGCAUCCUCUUUCGCACAAUGA